UUAGCCCGUUUGAGUUUCAAUGCGCGUUGUUGUUUGACGAAGGGAGUACUAUACACCGCCCGCUGCUCUCCUGAUCAUGGCUUCUCCGAGUUCCUUCACCUACUAUUGCCCUCCAUCUUCCUCACCUGUGUGGUCAGAGCCGCUGUACAGUCUGAGGCCGGAGCACGCGCGGGAGCGGUUGCAGGACGACUCGGUGGAAACAGUCACGUCCAUAGAACAGGCAAAAGUAGAAGAGAAGAUCCAAGACGUCUUCAGUUCUUACAAGUUCAACCACCUUGUACCAAGGCUUAUUUUGCAGAGGGAGAAGCACUUCCAUUACCUGAAAAGAGGCCUUCGACAGCUGACCGACGCCUAUGAGUGUCUGGAUGCCAGCCGCCCAUGGCUCUGCUACUGGAUUCUGCACAGCUUGGAGCUACUAGAUGAACCCAUCCCCCAGAUGGUGGCCACAGACGUGUGUCAGUUCCUGGAGCUGUGUCAAAGUCCAGAAGGUGGCUUUGGAGGGGGCCCUGGCCAGUACCCACACCUUGCACCCACGUAUGCAGCAGUCAAUGCACUAUGCAUCAUUGGCACCGAGGAAGCCUAUGACGUCAUUAACAGAGAGAAGCUUCUUCAGUAUUUGUACUCGUUGAAGCAACCUGAUGGCUCUUUUCUCAUGCACGUUGGAGGUGAGGUGGAUGUGAGAAGUGCAUACUGUGCUGCUUCCGUGGCUUCUCUGACCAACAUCAUCACCCCAGAUCUCUUUGAGGGCACCGCCGAAUGGAUAGCGAGGUGUCAGAAUUGGGAAGGUGGAAUUGGUGGGGUUCCAGGGAUGGAAGCGCAUGGUGGCUACACUUUCUGCGGCCUGGCCGCACUGGUCAUCCUCAAAAAGGAACGCUCCUUGAACUUGAAGAGCCUAUUGCAAUGGGUGACAAGCCGGCAGAUGCGGUUCGAAGGUGGAUUUCAGGGCCGCUGCAACAAGCUGGUGGACGGCUGCUACUCCUUCUGGCAGGCGGGGCUGCUGCCCCUGCUGCACCGCGCACUGCAUGCUCAAGGCGACCCUGCCCUCAGCAUGAGCCACUGGAUGUUUCAUCAGCAGGCCCUGCAGGAGUACAUUCUUAUGUGCUGCCAGUGCCCCGCCGGGGGGCUUCUGGAUAAGCCUGGCAAGUCUCGGGACUUCUACCACACCUGCUACUGCCUGAGCGGCCUGUCCAUAGCCCAGCACUUCGGCAGUGGAGCCAUGUUGCACGAUGUGGUCCUGGGUGUGCCCGAAAAUGCUCUGCAGCCCACUCACCCUGUGUACAAUAUUGGACCAGAUAAGGUGAUCCAGGCCACCAUGCACUUCCUGCAGAAGCCAGUCCCAGGCUUUGAGGAACAUGACGACGAGGCACCAGCAGAGACUGCCACCGACUAGAAGACCCAGGGCCCCUGGCUCUAUGUUCACCCACCUCCCCGGUCAGACCCAGUUUUAUACAUUUCGAUACAUACUGCAUUCCGUGCUGCAGAAGCCUUGGCCACUAGGGAGCUGUGGUCCUUUGUCCUUUUCUUGUCAAACAAAACAAAACUGAUGGUCCUGGGUUUGGAGAAAAUAGUGGCGUGGUUUUUAAAAAAUUCUUUCCACUUCCAUCAAACCAAAAAUCUGUCAGCCCGUGCGGCAUCUAAACCCGGCUCUGGCCUGGCCAGGAUUGUUGGGGAACGGUGCAUGCUGGGCAGGACCAGUCCCUCGCCGCCAGCUCUCCGGCCCGGACAGUCGUACUGAAAUGAACGGUGUCUAUGAGUCACUGCUGCGAUUCCCCCCUGCACGCCACCAUUAAGUCACCAGGAAGGUGCCCUCCCCUGAGUGGAAAUAAGUCUAUUCCGUGCCGAGGGGGAGAGGGGGAGCUUUGGUCCCAUCACAGUGAAUUCUCUAGAAAAAAAUCAUGGUGGGACUUCACUAGGAGAUGCCCUACCUCUCACCUUCCACCUCAGUCAUUUGCAAGGGAAAGGAGCUGGGGGUGGGGGAGAAAGAUCUCCUUGAGUUGUGAGUCCCUCCCCCUCCGCACUGGAGAACUGAGCCACGCUUCUCCCCAGGGCGGGACUCGCUUCAGCCACAGGGGUGGUGACUUAGACCCAGGAAACCAAUUAUGAGUGGAAAAUGAACCUCUAGUUCACUUCUGUGUCCGAGGAAGCAGCCCCAGUGCCCGCCCCCCAUCAUGUAUGUGAAAUACCCUUCUCGUGUCCUCAAGGCCGCACCCGCAGCCUGUGGCCAUUGUGCGUGUUUCCAUCUUUCUUCCUUCAGACUCCCAGCCCAUCACCCUCAGAGACGGUGUUGUCUUCUCUCAUCUGGAGUAUUAACACUACUAAAUCUUUCACCUUAAUUUGACUCAGGAUUUAUUCACAUCCUGCCCACUCUAGUCUCACAGAGAUAAAAUCAAGUGCUAGAUAGGCUGGCUGCUCAGCCAGCUGUGGCAGGGCUGAGUGCCGCCCGGCGUGCUCAGCCUGGCAGGGCCUCUGCUGCUCACGGGGAACCCUUUCUCGGUCAGCGGGGCGUUGAGUUGGGCCAUCUGUCCGCUGCUACAGUCACGGCACACUCCGUGCGGCUGACCUGGCCUUCAUGUACGCAGCCCCGGACUGCGAGCAGACAGGAGCCUGGAGGUGCGGCACGAGGCUCUUCUCAAAACUCUGGCCGACUGCUGCCUCUCAUUCCCUAUUGCUUUGGCGGAUUGGGCUAUGUAUUACCUCCUUGAAAUAAUAAAAGAAUAACAUUUUCUCUGA